AUGCGCAGCUACCAUGCCUACUUCUUGCCCACCUUGGCCUCCCUGGCCUCGGCUUGGGCCCCUCCCUCAUACGCAGGAUACACGCUGCAGUGGAGCGAUAGUUUUUCUGGAUCAGCGGGGUCCUCGCCUAACUCUAACACUUGGAAUAUCAUCACAGGAAACCCUGGGGUGAAUGGCGAACUGGAGACCUACACUAGUUCGAACGCAAAUGUUCAGCUGAGUGGGGGCAGCACUCUACAGUUAGUGCCCUGGGCAGACGGUUCCGUAUCCGGUGGGUGGACUUCUGGUAGAGUCGAGAGCAAAUACGUCUUUACGCCGAGCGCAGGGAAGAUCACGUUCGCAGAGGCCGAUAUCCGGUUUGGCACCAAUCCUACCUCUAACAAGCAGGGGAUCUGGCCUGCUUUUUGGAUCCUGGGUAAUUCGAUUCGUUCAGGAACCGCAUGGCCUAGGUGCGGGGAGCUUGACAUUCUCGAGACCAUUGAUGGUCAGUUGACGGGCUACGGCACCGCGCAUUGCGAUGUCACCCCAGGCGGAAUAUGCAAUGAGUCCAAUGGCCUCGGGGGGAGCAUCACCAUCCCUGAUCAGUCGUGGCAUACAUGGCGUAUUACCUGGGAUCGUACCCCUUCGAGCUGGCAGUCUGAAACCAUUACAUGGUAUAUGGAUGGCCGGCAGUUUCAUCAGAUCAGCGGCUCCCAGAUCGGUGACUCGACUAUCUGGGCCACACUAUGUCAUGAUCCGUUGUACUUUAUUCUCAAUGUUGCUGUCGGUGGCAACUGGUUCAAAAGCUGGCCGGACCUGAUCUAUGGUAAAUUGACGCAACAGCGAUACUGGUGGGGUUUGACAUGGACGGUUGACAGAUUCCGCCCGGGUAUCCCCGGCUACUGCACUGAUGGUUUUAAUCCCAGCAAGGAUUCCAAGAAGGUCUCGCGUCGCCAUGUGAUGAGGGGCAAAAACGUGGGGAAAAGAAUUCACCGACCAUCAAGACGAAUGAAUGGUGCUGAUACCUCGAGCCCUUCACAUCAUCUCAAUCAAGACAGGCAUUGCCCCGAUGAGGAAACAAGACCUUUGAGCACUAUCGGCAGGAAUCUGGGAGAUGCAAUCCUUGCACAGUCUCUUCCUGCGGCGGUGGGGGUUACACCAUGUUCGCUGAAAAUCAUUAAUGAGUUCUUUACUUCAACGACCAAGCGGCUAUACCCUGUCAACCUUGGCUUUUCAUUAGACGAGGUCAAGCUAAUGUGGGUUCGGUUAUUAUUUACUGACAACGCCACUUACCAUUGCAACGUGGGGUUGAUGCAAGCGUGCAAUGAGAUAUUUUCAGGCGAUGGCAAUGGCUCGGUGAAAGCCUUGCAUCAUCUGUCUCGCACUCUCACCCGAGUUCAGACGAGGCUUGCAAGUGAUGACGCUUUGUCUGAUUCUUCUAUAGCGCUGGUGGUGUCCCUAAUUAGCCAGGAGCAAAUCAGUGAUCAACUUGAUGCUGCUGAAAUCCACGCCAAGGGGCUUGAAAAAAUGGUCCAACUCCGCGGAGGACUUGGUUCACUUGAAGGAAAUGUGCCUCUUGUGUUAGGAAUCUGCAAGUAA